GCUGUGGUUGUUGGGAUGGAGGAACGCAAACAUUGAAGAACUUGGAAUUCGGAACAUGGAAUCGGAAUAUUCGGAUUCUGGAUCGGCCCCCGCCCACUCAGACAGCACAAAACACAAACACACGUCGCGAGGACGAGCAGCAAAAACAGAAUACAACGCAUUGCACACGUUGUGUACAGCAUUUUCACCAAACGUCGUACUGAAAUGUACUGAAAGUACUAUAAGACAGAUUGACAGCUGACUGAGCCGCUGAGCUGUGGAAGGCUCUUGAACCGCUUAAACCUUAAAAUCUGAGGAUUUAAACAGCGAAGCCAUGGAACUUAUAUUAGACAAUCUUGAUGCCAAGGCACCAGCUACAAGCACCAUCAAAUGCAACUUGUCAGCAGCUGUUGUGAGAGACCUGAAGAGUAAAUGUGAGGAACUUAGGAAACUGAUUACUUUGAACAAGGUUUUCAAAGUUGAGGUUAGCUUAGUCGAUAAGCUAAUUUACAGAAACUCCAACCGGCUGAGACUGGACCUUGGCUUCCGAUUCUUCCGAAACAUCAAAAGGUUUUCCACGAAACUAGAACUUUUGAACCUUGAAUUGGUGCUUGAAAACUUUAUGUCUUGUUUGCCUGAAAGUACUUUCGGGCCAUCGUUUUACCUUCCGUCUUGCCAGAUGUUGCAACACCUUUUGCACCAACUGAUAGCGUUUGUGGUCAUCUUGGAGAAGAUAGUCUUCUACUCUGAAAAAUCUGGUAUUCACUUCAUUGAGAGAAUUAAAUCUGGUCACUCUUGGUCAACAGCUUCUGUGUUUCUCGGAGCUGCAUCUCGAGUGAAUCACGUUUGUUCGAGGCUGAGCUGGAAGUGCUGCAAACAGUACAAUGGGCUAGCUACUGCAUUGGACUUCCUUAAGCUCUCUGGGCCCAACUGGACACCUGAUGGGUUCCAAUUCCCAAAAUCACUAGAAGAGGCCUUGUGCGUGGAAAAUCCUUUCAAGAUGAAAGAGAAAAUCUCCACUGAGAGCUCCAAAAUAUUCAACUUGGUCGGAAAGACCGCAGAAAUAGAUGAAGAUAAUGAUGACGUUAUCCAGUUUUAUGAUAGUACAGCGCAAUCUGAACAAACUAGGGAUGCUUGCGAGACUUCUGAGGAUGUUAAACCCAUACUAGAUGUCACAGAGGACAAAGGAGAAAUAGUCCCACGCCAUGAGGAAAUAGUUGUCUUUGACCACGUUAAAAAGAAAAAGAAGAAAAGGGGUCGAUCUGAACCAAAGCAAGUAGAAGUUGUUGACGUCGAGGAUGAAACAGCCCAAAAAAAGAAACCACGAAGAGAGGCAAAGACUGAAAACAAGAUGACAGGAUCAAUGGAGGAAAUGAUUGACCGUAUCAACUGCUGCUCUUCUCUUGCUAAUUUUAUGAAAGUGAUUUCUGAUGCCAACAACGAAUCCUAUUCAUCGGCUAGAAGACAAGUAGCUGGUAUCUUGAAAAUGUUGAAAAAGAAGCCAAAUGAAGUGGCUUCCAUCAAUCUUUUAACGAGAGCAAGAAAUGUAUUGAAAUCUGUCUUGUUGUAACAAAUGAAGAAUAAUUUUUUUAA